AUCUGGCACUUUUUCAUAUGACGUGUCGGCGAGCCUAACUUUGUUAAACUACUAUUUGGAAAAGUCACAGCAAAUAGCUCAAAAAUGCUCCAUCAGUUUGUCAGCCUGGUCCUGGUUCUGUGCGCAUUGCACAGCGCCUGCGGCCUGUACUUCCACAUAUCGGAGACGGAGCGCAAGUGCUUCAUCGAGGAGGUUCCCGACGAAACGACAGUGAUAGUUAACUACAAGGUGGAACUGUACGAUCCCCGCUCUAAUGGAUUCAUGCCCUCGUCCCCCGGUAUAGGAAUGCAUGUGGAGGUGCGGGAUAGCGACGACAAGAUCGUGCUGUCCCGUGUGUACAGCUCCCAGGGCCGCAUCUCGUUUACCUCGCAUACACCUGGCGAGCACGUCAUCUGCAUGUACUCCAAUAGCACCGCCUGGUUCAGCGGCGCCCAGCUGCGCGUCCAUUUGGACAUCCAGGUGGGCGAGCACGCCAUCGACUAUGCUAAUGUGGCUCAGAAGGAAAAGCUGACUGAGUUGCAGCUGCGCAUAAGGCAGCUACUCGACCAGGUGGACCAAAUAACCAAGGAGCAGAACUACCAGCGUUACCGCGAGGAGCGCUUCCGCCACACCAGCGAAAGUACCAACUCUCGCGUGCUUUGGUGGUCGCUGGCCCAGACCGUCGUGCUGGUCUGCAUGGGCUUCUGGCAGAUGCGCCACCUGAAGAGUUUCUUUGAGGCCAAGAAGCUGGUGUGAUGUGGUCUGCUUCUCAGUUGCCUCACUGUUCCGUGUUUUUUCUCUACAUUUGGCCUCUCCUGGUGCAAGUUUGGCAAGAACUGCGAAAUUCAUCGAAGGAUCAAUCAUCAUCAAAAGCCAGGCCCAAGCCUCGACUCCAAGAACUUCUAGUUUUAAUUUCUUGUGCGUAAUUUAAUAAAAAUCAAUUGUACAAAAACAGA